UUUUUUUAAAUAAAUAAAUAAAAAGAGCUUAGAUUAUUAGUUCCUUUCUUACACAUGAAAGCAUAAUUUGAGUUUUUAGAUAUUUUAAUAAUUGGAUCCCUUAAUAAAAAAAUCUCCCUUUUUUUUCUUACACAUGAAAGCAUAAUUGGUUUGGGGGCCCAGUUUUUGGUUAUAUCAAAUUUCAAAUAUAUUUGUUUCAAAUUUUGAACCCUCGCCAUUUUUGUGCUCACAAUCUCUUCUCUAUUCUCUCUGCGCCGAUUAACCUGAAGCUUCUCUCGCCGACGAACAAAUGGAUGGACAUGAUGCAGAUAACACAAAGCAAAGCACCGCUGAUAUGACUGUAUUUGUACAGAAUUUGCUUCAACAAAUGCAAACCAGGUUUCAGACUAUGUCUGAAUCAAUCAUCUCAAAAAUAGAUGAUAUGGGAAACCGAAUUGAUGAAUUGGAGCAGAGCAUCAAUGAUUUGAGAAUUGAAAUGGGCCAAGAAGGUUCUUCAUCACCUUCGGCCGCACUGAAGUCAAAGGAUGACACAAAAUCUGCUGAUGAUUCUGCCUAAGACGAUGCAUCCAGGUGGUUUAUGUGGUGUUUGUUACGACUGUUUAUCUUUAAAAAAGAGUGUUAUCCUUUUCUUGGUUGUGUGCUAUGACAUCUGCUAUUGGUCAUCGAUGCGAUUAUCAAUUUAACAGUAACAUUAGCUUUGUUUUAGAUAUAAAUCAUAUGAUACAUUUAAAGGGUGUGUAACAAAGGGUUAUUUUUCUGAGAUUUUAGAAAUACAUCUUAUCCUUGUUCAAAAAGUAAAAAAAGAAGAAAAUAUUUGCGAAUUGUAUGAAAAGGAAGUGGGCAUAAAAAGAAUGAAGGGAAAUUGGUUGGAUCACAGUUGUGAAUGAACUAGUGUAUGGAAAAGAAGAUAAUGACAGGAUUCACUUGUGUAUUGUCUUGUCUAUGAAUGAGUAAAAAGUAAAGUGAGUUUACUCGUGA